AAUGUCAUUAUUCGUUUCAGAAAUCAGUUUUAUUAUUUUCCGAAAUAUUUAAUUAUAGGUAAUUCAUUAAGUUUAUAUUUUAUAUCGAAAACAUAAAUACGUGUUCAUUACAACAUGAACUGCUUGUGGCGACGAGCCGUUCCAAGGUUAUUUCGUGUAAUCACUCUACCCAGUAUAAAUAAAAAUCCUGUGCAAAUAUCAUCCUUCUGCUCUCUACAUGUUACUCAUAAUUUUCAAUUAAAACCGACUACUUGCACUUAUAGCGCACUUCGUCACAAAUCAAAAAAGAGACAAGAUUAUGAUUCUGAUGAUGAACAAGAAUUUGACGAAGCUGAUCAGUCUUUAUCUAAAGACUCAAAAGUGAUGAAACUUACCACUACAUCACUUAGAACAGAUGCAGUUCUAAAAUUAGCAUUAGGUGUUGCAAGAAACAAAAUUGAAGAGCUAUUUUAUGAAAGCAAAAUUAGAGUUAAUGGGAAGAAGAUAUUAAAGAAAAGUACACCAGUAAGAGAAGACUAUGAAAUAGAUGUUAUUAAAGGUGUGAGUCCAAAAAACCCUGACCAUAUAUUGGUUUCUAGGGUAGAAGUACUGAGUAUGGCUGCAAAGGAAGAUUCCAUAGUUAUUACUGUCAGAAGAUUUAAGACUUUACUAAUAGAAAAUUAUGAAAAAGAUCCUUACAAACCUUCAACAGCUGAUAGUGAUAAUUAAGAAAUGAAUGUUUACUAUUAUUUGUUUUUAUCAACUUAACAGAUUUGUUCACAAGGGCUUUUUUACAAAAUACUCUAUGUAAAUA